GAAUGUUGCUGUUUGCGCAAGUCAAACAGGAUAUAGGUAAAUGCUUCCUCUUUCUACCGGUGCAAUGGCGACUGGGACUCUGUACACGUACCCCGAAAACUUUCGUGCUUACAAGGCACUUAUCGCUGCUAAGUACAGCGGUGCAAAAGUUACGGUCUCUCCUGAUUUCAAAUUAGGAGUAUCUAAUACUACAAAAGAGUUUUUGGACAAAUUUCCUCUUGGAAAGGUUCCAGCCUUUGAGAGCAGCAAUGGUGAUUGUGUCUUCGAAAGUAAUGCCAUAGCCCAAUACGUUGGUAAUGCUAAGCUCCAAGGAAGUAACACCCGUGACCAGGCUCUGAUCCAGCAAUGGAUUAACUUCGGUGACAAUGAAGUUUACCCAGCGUCAUGCACCUGGGUGUUUCCUACAUUGGGGAUAACACCAUUCAACAAGCAGGAGGGUGAGAAGGCAAAAGAGCAGAUGAAAAAUGCUAUGACUGUGCUUAACAACUACAUGAGGACAAGAACUUACCUCGUUGGAGAGCGCAUAUCCCAAGCCGACAUCAGUCUUGCUUGUAACCUCAUGCUCGCUUACCAAAAUGUGAUGGAUCCAUCAUUCCGAGACUCAUUUGGCAAUGUGAACAGGUGGUUUAACACCCUAGUCAACCAACCACAAUUCAAGGCCGUCAUUGGAACAUUCACCCUCUGUUCUAAGAUGAAGGAAGCUGAUGGUAAGAAAUACGCAGAGCUCCAUGGUGCUGGUGGUAAAAAGGAAGGCAAGAGCAAGAAGGAACAGCCCAAGAAAGAAAAGAAGAAGGAAGUAGAAGAAGAGGAAUUACCACAACUACCCAGGGAGAAGAAGGACCCCUGGGCAGAUUGUCCACAGGGAGCAUUCAACUAUGAUGAAUACAAAAGGGAAUAUUCAAACAAGGAUACACUGAAAGAAGCUCUGCCAUACUUCUGGAAAAACUUUGAGCCUGAAAAUAUGUCCAUUUGGCAUUGUGAUUACAAUUACAGGAAAGACCUUACAAAAGUUUUUAUGACCUCUAACCUUAUCAGAGGAUUUUUCCAGAGAAUUGACAAAAUGCGCAAGAAUGCUUUUGGAAGCAUGUGCAUUUUGGGAGAAGACGAUGAUCACAAUAUAAGUGGAGUUUGGUUUUGGAGGGGAAGCGGUCUUGCUUUUGAGCUGUGUGACGACUGGAAGGUGGAUUACGAAUCUUACACAUGGAAAAAACUUGACCCUAAAGAUGAGAAGACAAAGAAAUUGGUGCAAGAUUACUUUGACAUGGCUGCUGUAGUUGAUGGCAAGAAAUGUCUUCAGGGAAGCAUCUACAAAUGAUGGGUGAAGGCAAUGUGAACUAAUUUAUACUGACAGACUGGGAGGGAUGGGCAUACGCAAUGGAAGUGCUGUGUCUUCCAUGGACAUUAAACAUGUUGAAAGUGAACAUGGAAA